AAAAAUGUCAAGCCAACUGUCACUUCUUCCUAAUGAUAAUGUUAAAAUAAACAUUAUCGGAUGUAAAAAUCUUGUAGCUGCUGAUACGAAUUGCAGUUCUGAUGGUUAUGUGAUCAUCGACUCGUUUAUUCCGAAUGGAUCGAUUGACUUGAUUGGAAAUGAAAAGAAAAUCAAGACAAGUGUCAAGAAGAAGAAUUUAAAUCCUAUUUGGAAUGAAUCAUUUUCAAUGCCAGCACUUGUUAAAGCUGUCGAUCAUGUUAAAGUGAAGGUGAUAGUGAUGGAUUAUGAUUUAAUUUCAAAGGAUGAUUUUCUUGGAAAUGCAGAGUUUAUUAUUGACAAUUCUUUUGGAUCUAAUAAGGAGAAAGUAAUUACAUUAAAAUUGGAAAAUAUUGAACAUGGAGAAAUUACUAUUGGAAUUACAAUUGAAAGGUCAAUUGAAAAUAUCGAAAUUGACAAGUAUAGAAAUGAACUUCUUUCAACCAUACCUUCCACUAGAUAUACUAUACACAAAGGAAAGAGAUAUCUUCAUUUCCACUGUCCAAAUUUCUUUAUUCUUGAUAAAGACGAAUCUCAAGAAUCUCAAAGAAUUUUACUUAGAUGUGAAUCAAAAACUUUACAAUUUUACAUUCUAGAAAAUGGAAAUGAUUAUCCAUUUGAUAUGAGCAAGGAGAAGGCACUCUCCACAAUUACCCAUGUGGAACAAUACAGAUCUCAUUUCAAAAUGGCAGAAACAGAGAUUCGUAUUAAACCUUCGAAUUAUUUUGGCUUGAAUUCUAAGAUAGAACAUUUGGAAGAAAGCAAAUUUCAUAAUGAAUUGCAUGGACAAUUGAGAUUUGGUCAAGUUCUUGUUUUUAAUCAAGUGGAUUUGCCAUAUUGCAUUGCAGCCAUGAUGUUAACUGCAGAUGAGAAGAAGAAUUUCAAGAAUUCAGUUUUGAUUGAUUUCAUUUUAAAUUCAAUACAAUUCGAAGAAAAAUAAUUUUAAGGCAAUUUCUAGAGAUACUCCUUUAAAAACAGUUGGAAAAUUGUUUACAAUUGUAUUCAUCUGUAUUAAGCAAUUCCAUGGCUUGCCAACUUUUCCAUUAAAGAAUAUUCUCAAUUCUAUAAGAUUGCAUUCUAAACAACAGUUGGUAAUUCACUAAAAUCAGAUUCAUUUCUUUCU